AUUUUUUAAUAAGGUUGUGAUGUUCUAACGAUCUUCGUCUCAAAACUUUAAUGAAUUGUUUCAGAAAAAAAUAGUGUUUUCAAAUCCUGAUGAUAAGCUAAAAUAUCUCAAGACAAAAAAUGAAGAGAACCAAGGCUAUUCUACUUUUAUUCGCAGCAGCAGCCGUUUUUCAAUUGUCUUCGGCAUUUCUUUCUGUGAUUGAAUUCCGUGAUUCUCCGUUGCGAAGUUGCUAUAAUGACCGCCGAGAUUCCAGAAUAUCCAAAGAAUUCGUCAACGGCCAGGAACUGCCACUGCCCAACUCUCUGGAGACGUUGGUCUCCCUCAUCGAAAGAUACGAAGUUCUGAACCCUACUCUGGGGAACGUCGAAAUCAUAAAGCGAUUCCUGGUGAGCUUCCGAAUCGACGACCUCAGUCCAGACCUCACAAAGAACGCCCUCCGAAAAACUUACUCCACCCUCCUGAAUAAAUUCCAUAAAGCAUUCUUUGGCAUUCCUGACAAGGUGCAGUACGCCUUCGCGGAGGACGACUUCUCCAACGAUGAGAAAUGUGCCUUGCAUUUCAUGCUGUCCCACACAGUCAACGACACCAAGAGGGACAGAGACGCGCAACUGGAACAGUUCCCGAAUUUAGCCAAGCAUCCGAGAGAAAAUGGGGUAGUCAGUCUCCACGCCAAAUGGAAACACGCCAUCGCCAUCAACCGAGUUCUCAUGGGCCUUAUGGCAGGAUUAUCGGGAAGCAACAAAAUAAAUGCUGCUGACAUCCUCGCCAGAUUGAAGGCAGGAGACCAAGACAGCGUUCGGGACGUACAGGUGAAUCGGCUCUAUGCUGUCACAAUAUCAGAUUUAGUGACUAUUGCCAUUAGGAAUGAUGACAUGGAUUUAUUACCUAAUGGACUAUGGAACGACAUCACUUGCACUACUGAAUACGCUCUGAAUGAUAACAACAGAGAAUAUCUCAGUACUUCCCUUCUUCGCGGGGCCAUAGACGGGCUCAUUCUCGGCAAGAAAGUUGAAGAAAAACCUCAGAUUUACAGCAGGCUACGAGUGAGCCAAAUUUUGCGUAUGUACUACGGAACUUCCGGACUGCCGGACGAUCAGGAAAGAACAAGUUGGUGCACGCGGGAACGAAUAUUCAGCAACAUGCAAGAGCUCAAGGACGAGGUGAUGAAUUUCAACAAGCUGUACAAGGCUCAAGCCGGCGAGAUUCCCGCUGACAAUGCUUUGGACAAAAUCGGCCAGGCGAUCUCACUGAUCCAAGGAUCGGUAUUUGGAGAGAUAACAGAGGAAGCUGCAGAAGAAUGCAGUGGAUCUGAAACAAGCUUCGAAAAAAGAUGCAGCAGUCCUUAUGACAUUUUUGCCAUUUUCGACAAUUCAGUUGGAGAUUCUCUUAAAAUAUUCCAGCAAGAACUCAUCGGAAACCUGUCUGUGAGCUUCGACAUCCGUCCACGAGGCAGUUCCGUGGGAGUGUACACCAACAGCAAACCGCAGUCCUCCAACCUCCUGGACGUAGUUGCCAACAAUACUGGUAUUUCAGGAUGUCCUGCUUGCUUUGCUAGAUACAUCAUGAGAUCUGGAGCUAAGGAGGAUGAGGCCGAAGUAUUCCGAGAUUUGAACGAAACACUGACAGAAUUUGAUAAAAAUUAUGAAACUCAGCAAAAUGAACUGUCCGAACCGAAAGCAGGUCGCCCCUCCAAAAUUGUAUUGUACUUCAAUUAUGGAAAUCCAUCUACUAGUGACUACCAAUUGAGGGAUGCUCUCUGGGAAAUCGAAAAAUACUUUAGAGAAGCAACCAUUUUGGCGAUCGGCAACAAAAAGGAAAGCCUCGAGGUGUUCACUCGCGAUGACACUACAGAUGUUUUUGUAGAAUCAUCAAAUCCUACUAAUGUCGCACGCAGAUUAAAAACUAGAAUUUGCAAAGCCCCUGCAGAAUUUACCUUCAAAAACUGUUAUCAAAAUUCCAGAGGAGCCGAAGCUGACAACAAACAAGAAUAUUUUAUUCCAUUGAACAAAUUCCAGUACUGGGCUAUCUAUCCAAAAUACUUCCUGAAGAGUUACAAAAUAUCGAUGAAAUUUAGAGCUCUUAAUGGGGGACAGAUUCGAGUUUGUUUCUCGCGAAGCUACAAGAAGAUCAUUGAAGACAGGACGGGAUACGAAGUCACGUGCGAAGAAGGUGAAGAAGUUGCAUUUACAGAAUGGAAUCCAUGUCAUCGACGAACUGUGUACAGCUGUAAUCCAUUCUACUUCUUUAUCGAAGGAAAGAAAGCUCCAAAUGAUAAAUACUGCGAAAGUGUAAGAUGCAGCACAGCUAAAGACAUCCAGUUCGAGUUUCAACACGAUGGAAUGUCUUGCAACAUGGCAUCUUUGUCAAGCAUCUCUUCACUGGCAUUUGUCUUCGCUCUAAUCCUUUAUUUCCUUCAGAAGCGCGCAUAGAUACAGCGAAUGUUGAAUCAGAAACUUGUUUGCGCAACUUUUCUCUCUAUCGAUGAGUUCAAAAGCUAUCAUAUAUAAUUAUUUCAAACUCUUUUUUUAUAUCAUUUGUUUAGUGUUCCUCAUUUAAUUCAUUUUCCUUGUCUUCGUGUAACUUAGGCAAUAACAUUUUUAAUAAAAUUAUUUGUUAUA